GGCCCAGAGCACUGAGGCCACCUGCCUGCAGUCACGCCCCUGGGACUAGGCAGGUCUGGUCGUUGAAAGCUGACCUGACUCCAGAGUCUGUCCUGGCUCUGGAACCUCCCAGUCAGGCCUCUCUUCUCAGCCUGGGGGAGGGGCUGGUGGUGACCUUGGGAGAACUGAAGGCAAGGCUUUGCCACCAGGAGGGUGUGACCUACUUCUAGGUCUCCGUGUCCUUCCCUGUUGGUGGUGAUAACAGUGCCACCUUCCAGACAGUUCCACCUUCCAGAGGAGGGGGCAUGAAAGGGCUUGGAAGAGAACAUGCAUCAGCAGUAUGAGAAAACAGGUCCUUAAUGUGUGAACUAGUGCAGUGGGGGUCAAGGUACAGCAAAGGAGGGCUAGGCCAGAAGCUGGGAAGUAAGGCAGCCUAGGACUUGGGCUUUACUUUCCUGAGGCCCAAAGGACCAGCUGCCUGUCCUAGACUUGUGGGCUGUCCUUCAAGGCUGGAGGCAGAGAAAGGGCUUAGUGGGGUCUCUGAGCAGAGAGAGUCAGUGAAGGCUGGAAACACCUAGACUGGAGAGCUCAACCCCAUUAGGCAGACCGGGAGGUUCAAAGUCAGGUUGCAGUGUUCCUAAACUGUGUAUGACUUUGAACAAGGUGCUUCCUCUCGGAGUAGAGAAAAUGGGGCUCUCAGCAUGUCUCAGGAUGGCCAUGAGGGGUACAAGUGUCUGACGGGGUGGGCAUGGCAGCCCUGACCCUCCCCCAUUCCUCUUCAGAUGUGUGGUCGGCUGGAUGCGUACUGGCCGAGCUCCUGCUGGGCCAGCCCAUCUUCCCUGGGGACAGUGGGGUGGACCAGCUGGUGGAGAUCAUCAAGGUGCUGGGAACACCAACCCGGGAACAGAUCCGAGAGAUGAACCCCAACUACACAGAGUUCAAGUUCCCCCAGAUUAAAGCUCAUCCCUGGACAAAGGUGUUCAAAUCUCGAACGCCGCCGGAGGCCAUCGCGCUCUGCUCCAGCCUGCUGGAGUACACUCCGUCCUCGAGGCUGUCCCCGCUGGAGGCCUGCGCCCACAGCUUCUUCGAUGAACUGCGAAGUCACGGAACCCAGCUCCCCAACAACCGCCCACUCCCCCCACUCUUCAAUUUCAGUCCUGGUGAACUCUCCAUCCAACCGUCUCUCAACGGCAUUCUCAUCCCCCUUCACUUGAGGUCCCCGGCGGGCACUGCGGCUCUCACUCCAUCCUCACAAGCUUUAAGUGAGGCUCAGACCGGCCCAGACUGGCAGUCGACUGAUGCCACAACUCCCCUCACUAACUCUUCCUGAGGGCCCCACCAGCCACCCUUCCAUCUGGGAGCCCCAAGUGGGGCUGGGAAGGGGGACCACAGCCCAUCAAGCUCCUGCCCUGGCUGGGCCCCUAGACUAGAGGGCAGAGGGAAAUGAAUCCCUGUCCCCACCUCUUAGGCCCUCCCUCACCAGCCUUACCCCUGUGGUGGGCUUUUUAAGAGGAUUUUAACUGGUUGUGGGGAGGGAAGAGAAGGAAGGACAGGGGGUUGGGGGCAUGAGGAUCUCCUACCCCCUUGGCCCCCUCCCUGCCCCCCAGGCCUCCACCUCCUCCAACUCCCCUCCCCUCCUAUGUCCCUUGUAAAUAGAACCAGACCAGCCCUUCUCCUCUUCCCCACCCUGGCCCCCAGGUGUAAAUAGAUUGUUAUAAUUUUUUUCUUAAAGAAAACGUCGAUUCGCACCCUCCAGCCUUGUCCCUCCCCCCUGCAGCUGUGUCCUGUCCCAUCCCAUGCCCCCCUUCCUCUGCCCCUCAGGUCUCCUCCCUCUCCCUACCCUAGAGGGCUGGGGAGUCGGGGAGCUCCUGAUGUCUUCGUUUCCACAGUAAGGUUUGCCUGUGUACAGACCUCCGUUCAAUAAAUUAUUGGCAUGAAAACCUG